GGACGGUGGGAUGCCUUUGCUGACCGGCCCAAUUGGUCGGAAAGGGACUACCAUAGCAAGCGUGAGUCCGAGCGGUACCACUGGCCCACACCACACAUAGCUGAGCUGUUUUCGCACACCGGCGGCUUGGUGUUGGUGCGCCUGGUCGAGUUUUGCUACCGAAUAAAGUAGUAGCGUGCCGUGUGCAUCCUGAUACAUAGACUACCGAGUGCACGGCACCAUAGUCAAUCAUUCGAAUACACGGUCAUCGAAGCAGCAACAAGUCGCGCCACGCGCUAGUGCAACAGGUCAUCCCGUACAAGGCUCAGGGCACCCGAAAACCCCCCCCUUUCUCGAAUUCUCGAAACCGCGCCUCUUCGUUUACGUCGUCUCCAGCGUACUAAAGCCCCUCCAGAGCCACCAUGCCUUUCAAGCCAGCUGAUAACCCCAAGUGCCCCAAGUGCGGCAAGUCGGUGUACGCCGCCGAGGAGCGUGUCGCCGGAGGAAACAAAUGGCACAAGCAGUGCUUCAAGUGCGGAAUGUGCGGCAAGAUGCUCGACUCCACAAACUGUGCAGAGCACGAAAACGAGCUGUACUGCAAGAACUGCCACGGCCGCAAGUACGGACCGAAGGGCUACGGUUUCGGUGGAGGCGCCGGCUGCCUCUCGAUGGACACUGGCGCCCAGUUUCAGGGCGAGGGCACGAAUGGACACUUUGAACCGAAACCAAUGUCAAAGGCACCUGAAGGAGAGGGUUGCCCUCGCUGCGGCGGAUAUGUUUACAUGGCCGAGCAGAUGUUGGCACGUGGAAGAGGCUAUCAUCGGCGCUGCUUCAAAUGCUUAGUCUGCAACCGUACGCUUGACUCCACGAUCCACUGUGAUGGACCGGAUAAAGAGAUUUACUGUAGAGGCUGCUACGCCAGUCGGUUUGGUUCCCGUGGUUAUGGCCACUCGGGAAUCUCUUCGCUUGGCUUAAUGAGUGAUGCGCGCGAUUUGGACUUCAAGAGUGAGUUUGCCCCGAAACCGUCGGCUGUGGAUACGUCGGCCAUCAAGGCUUCGCCCGGACAGGGUUGCCCACGGUGCGGCGGUGUCGUGUUUGCCGCCGAGCAGGUCCUCUCGAAGGGUCGCGAGUGGCAUCGCAAGUGCUACAAGUGCCGCGACUGCAGCAAAACGCUCGACUCCAUCAUCGCCUGCGAUGGUCCGGAUCGGGACGUGUACUGCAAGACCUGCUACGGCAAGAAGUGGGGUCCGCACGGUUAUGGAUUUGCCUGCGGAUCUGGUUUCCUGCAGACUGACUGCAUGUCUGAGGAGCAGCUCGCCUCUCAGAAGCCGAUGGUGACGAUUGACACGACCGUGAUCAAGGCGCCGGAGGGACAGGGUUGCCCACGAUGCGGCGGCAUGGUGUUCGCCGCCGAGCAGCAGCUGGCCAAGGGAACGAUGUGGCACAAGAAGUGCUUCAACUGUAACGAAUGUCACCGGCCGCUCGAUUCCAUGAUUGCCUGCGACGGUCCGGACCGCGAGAUCCACUGUCGCGCCUGCUACGGCAAGCUGUUCGGCCCGAAGGGUUUCGGUUUCGGCCACACGCCAACGCUUGUCUCCACCGACGCCCAGGCUGCUCCAGUGCACACCGACGCGAAGCCCGCGAACGGACCGAAGGCGAAGGAUGGCAAGGGAUGCACCCGGUGCGGCUACGCCGUGUACGAGGCCGAAAAGAUGCUGAGCAAAAACCGCAUCUGGCACAAGCGAUGCUUCAGCUGCUUCGAUUGCCACAAAUCGCUCGACUCGACGAAUCUGAACGAUGGUCCGAACGGGGAGAUCUACUGCCGGGGCUGCUACGGUCGCAACUACGGUCCGCGAGGCGUUGGCUUCGGCAUGGGCGCCGGCGCUCUAACGAUGGCCUAAGGCGAUAACAUGUUUUGCUUGCUAGACUUUCUUUUUUAUUAUGAAAUCCUUACUUUUGAUUGUUUUGUAACGAUUCGUUGCAUACAGAAAACACGCACACACUUAAACACAACAGGCAUCAUACAUCAAUCACUGCGACAGUGCGAGCGACUUCCAGCCGAUAGAUGGCACCACCUGCACUGGGAACGAUCGCAUAGAAGUAGCAUUCCGGAUCGUAAAGUCGCUUUCGCUCGAGCAGAUUGGUGCACCCAACGCUUUCAUUUUGGGGUGUGCAUGAUGCUAGGAUUGUGCAUCUUUUUUGUGUCCCAUCUCGUCUAACCCAAACUCCUGAAGUGUACUGCAGCUACCCCCCAUCCCCCACUUCGGUCUAUCGGAAACAAAACGUAACCUUAUCGUGUAAGAUGUUUUUUUUUGUUCUCCCAACUAGAUGUAAGCUUUGCUGCUCGUACAAAUUGUUCAAAAGAAAUCGUCAAAAAUCGCAACAUUUUAAUCCCAAAGCCCAUGCAAACAAUUGAGUGUGUGUAAUGAUUGAAUCCAUUCAUCAGUGAAAACUUCCAUUCGGUCUGCGGUGAAGCUUACGGUAGAUUAUUUAAUGCUUUUGGUUUGAAACUUUUUGGACGGAACGACGAACGACCGGGCCUGGAGCAGGCCUGCGAUCAUUGGCAGGGUAGAAACCAUACACACUGAGCACACCGAUCAUAUCUACAUUUCAAAGAUCACGUUUAGGGCAAGAUUGAUCAUAUCAAAGCGACCGAAUUACGCGGACACUCACUGUGUGGCGGAGAGAUCGACACGUGCGGUAUUUACAGUAGCAGAGAAGAGGGAAGGAAAAGGAGUGGCGCGCCUUUCGAUAGGGCAAGACAUUUGAAUAUGCUGAAUAUAUGACAGUCAGCUUGCAUGUAUCACGCCAAACACAGCCACACAGCCUCUAGAGAUGCGAAAAAUGUGUUUUUAGUUUUUUUUCCGUUUUUUCUAGACCAGUUGCUUGCUAACUGUUGUGAGUGUAAAACAAAACACAAAAUGCAAACCAACCAUGAAGAUGAUAGAGGCAGGUAGCAGCAACCGAUUUUCCCAACAGUCCUGGCUAUGUGAACGCAAAUGGCUUCUCUUCCCUCUCGAUGUAUUAGAAGCAUGACUUUUACCACUUAAUUCGAAGAGCAAUGAUGUUUUUUUUUUGUAUCGUACACCUAAUUAUAUCACCCUUUAUAUAUUAUCAUUGUAAUCGCUAACGUUUAACUAUUACUUUUUGUGAAACAGAAGUAAUUUAAAAACAAAUUACAACAACAAAAAAAGAGUAAACGCGCAACUGAUAAACGCAACGUGCAACUUUAUAAGAAAAACGAUAUUUUUUCAAUAAAGGAACGGAAACAGCCGAGCAAAA